AUGAACCUAUCGCUUAUCAAGUCAUUUAUUUUUUUCAUAAUAUUUAUGAGAAAUUUCAUAUAUACUCAUGGGAAUUUAAGUUAUUUAAAAAGUUACAAGAUCAAAUAUUUAAGUACUAUCAAAUUAAUUACAAAAAAAUUAAUUAAAAAAAAAUCAUUUCUUAUUUAUGAUGGAAUAUUUUUAAGAAAAUGUAAUGAUAAAAAGACCUUUGAAAAAAAUUUUUUUUUUUAUAUAAAUAAUUUAAAGGGUUUUCCUGUAAAAAGGAGAAAAUUCGAGUACAAAAAAAAUUGGAAAUUAUAUGGUAGUAAUUACGAUGCAAAAGAUAUAAUAAUUUUAGAAGGCCUUGAAGCUGUUCGAAAAAGGCCAGGUAUGUAUAUAGGAAAUACUGAUGUAAAAGGAUUGCAUCAAAUAUUAUUUGAAAUUAUUGAUAAUUCGGUUGAUGAAUACAAUAAUUAUGAAUGUAAUGAAAUUAAAGUUGUUAUUCAUAAUGAUGAAAGUGUAACUAUAGAAGAUAAUGGAAGAGGUAUCCCCUGCGAUAUUCACGAAAAAACAAAAAAAUCAGCUUUAGAAACAGUUUUAACUGUUUUACAUUCUGGUGCUAAAUUUUUUGAUGAUGAAAUAAAUGAUAAAGAAAAAAAUGAUUUAGAAAAUAAGUCCAUAGAUAAUAUAAAUUGUAAAGAUAAAAAAAAAAAGAAUACAGAAAAAAAACUAAAAAAUAACUCAAAAGAAAAUUCACAAAAAUAUAAAUAUUCUUCUGGAUUACACGGUGUUGGAUUAUCUGUUGCUAACGCCUUAAGUAGCUAUAUGAAAGUUAUAGUAUUUAGAAAUAAUAAAAUGCAUAGUAUUGAAUUAGAAAAAGGAAAAGUGAUAAAAGAACUAAGUGUGAAGCAUUGUCCUAUUAAUAAAAGAGGUACACAAAUACAUUACAAACCUGAUAAUACUAUUUUUAAAAAUGGAAUAAAACACAACGGUGAACUAAUAAAAAAUAGAAUACAUCAAUUAGCAUAUCUAAAUGAUAAAUUAACUUUUUACUUUUAUGAUGAAAGAAUUGGCAAUAAAACAAGUAUUAAUUUAUCAAAAGAAAAUAAAAGUGAUGAAAUAAUAAUAAAUAAAAAAAAAGAUAUAGUAAAUAAUAAAAAUGACAAAGAUAUAAACAUAAAUAACUCUAUAAAUGAUUUAGAGACCAUGAAUGAAGAUAUGUUAAAUUUAUCUAAAAAUAAUAAUAAUAGUUAUAAUAAUCAUUAUCUUGGUUCUGACAUUAACUCAAAAAAUAGAAAUAUAAUUACUGAUUAUAAUAAUUUAGAUUUUUAUAAUUACGAAAUAAUAAAGCAUGAAGGGGGUCUGAAUGAAUACAUAGAUCAUUUGACAAAAAAUAAAAGUAAUUUAUUUAAAGAUAAUAAAAUUAUAAGUAUAUCUUGCUAUCAAAAAAAUAUAUAUAUUGAUAUAAAAAUGAAAUGGAUUAUUAAUCAGUAUAAUGAAAAUAUUAUUAGUUUUGUAAACAAUGUAAAUACAAUAGAUGGGGGUACUCAUGUCGAUGCUCUAAAAUAUGCAAUUAGUAGAUGCAUAAAUUUUAAUAUAAAAAAAAAUGAGGUUAGUAAAAACUUUGUUAACAUUCCAGGAGAAUAUAUAAGAGAAGGAUUAACAGCUAUUUUAUCCAUUAAAAUGAAUAACCCCGAAUUUGAAGGACAAACAAAAGGUAAAUUAGGAUCUCACUAUUUAAAACCAAUACUAGAAAGUAUAAUUUUUGAAAAAUUAUCAGAAAUUUUUGAUUUUGAACCUAAUUUAUUAAGUACAAUAUAUAUGAAAGCUUUGCAAGCAAAAAAUAGCGACGAAGAAGCUAAGGCAGCUAGAGAUUUAAUACGAUCAAAAAAUAGUCAAUCUUAUUCAACUGUAUUGCCCGGUAAAUUAGUAGACUGUAUUAGUGAUGAUAUAAGUAGAAAUGAAAUAUUCAUAGUAGAAGGUGAUAGUGCUGCAGGAAGUGCAAAACAGGCAAGAAACAGAGAUAUUCAAGCUAUUCUUCCUUUAAAAGGGAAGAUAUUGAAUGUAGAGAAAAUUAAAAAUAAUAAGAGAAUUUUUGAAAAUUCAGAACUGAAAUCCCUAAUUACAGCCAUUGGCUUGAGUGUCAAUUAUGAUAGCAAAAAUAUAAAAACAAAUAACCUUCUGAAUAAGAAAAAGAAAGAAAUGAAAAAAAAAUAUGAUUUACAAAACUUGGAAAAUGAAAAUAUUCAAUAUAAUGAUUCUCUCAUCAAAAAAAAAAAAAUUCCAUUUAUAGACAGAAAAUUAAGAUACGGUAAAAUAAUUAUUAUGACUGAUGCAGAUGUGGAUGGAGAGCAUAUACGUAUUUUACUUUUAACAUUUUUAUACCGAUUUCAAAAGGAAAUCAUAGAAAAUGGGAAUGUAUAUGUUGCCUGUCCACCAUUAUAUAAAAUUACUUAUAAUAAAUUUUAUGAUAAUUCUAUAAAAGAAAUUGUUAUGAAGCAAUUUAAUGUUAGCCCCAAAAAUUCAAAAUUUAUUAUUCAUACAUAUUCAGAUGAGGAACUAAAUAAGUUGUUGAAAUUAUUAGAUAAGGAUAAGAAAUAUUUUGAACAAAAAAAUUUAAAUAGCAUUAAUUUAGAUGAUACAACACACGAUAAGGAUGAAAAUGUAAUGUUUACAAAAAUGGAACUAAUUAAAAAAAAAAAUGACACAAAUGUUGAUUUGAAUGAAAGUAAAACAACACACAUUAGCAAUAAUAAUUUUUUCACUUUUUCUAAAAAAUAUGAGAUUCAGAGAUUCAAAGGGUUAGGAGAAAUGAUGGCAGAUCAAUUAUGGAAUACUACAAUGAAUCCGCAAGUAAGGAAACUAAUACGCGUCACAGUUAAUGAUGCAAUAAAAGCUAAUAAUUUAAUUUUUUCUCUUAUGGGUGAAGAUUCGAAAUUACGUAAAAAUUUUAUUUUAGAAAAUUCUAAUAUUCCAUUAACGUAG